AUGGUUGCGAAUGAAGAGGGUGUGAAGGUGAAGUUGGAAAAACUACCCGAGUUGAAUCAAAUUCCUUGUAGGAACGUUAUGGUGAAGUCUUUCUUAAGUAUGUACAAUGCUAAGAAAGAAGCUUUAAAAACCAAUGUUAUCAAAACCGGACCGGACAGGCCGGUUCGACCGGUUAAACCGGGAACCGGUCAAUACACCGGUCCGGUUUGCUGGGGGAAAUAUCUCCAUCUAAGAUGUUUGGCUUAUGUGGUGAAUCUCAUUGUUAAAUCUGAAUUGAAUUGUAUGGAUAAUUAUGUGGCUUUUAUUAGGAAUGCAGUAAAGUAUAUUAGAAGUUCACCUGUUAGACUUCAAGAAUUUAAAGCAUGUGUAAAAAAAGAAGAGUUGGAUAACAAAAAGGUUUGUGUAUUAGAUGUGCAAACAAGGUGGAAUUCUACCUUUAUAAUGCUGGAAACAGCAUAUGAGUUGAAGUUGGCAUUUGAUAGCCUAGCAGAGGAGGACAACAAAUAUAAGGGGUACUUUAAUGGAGGUGAAGAAUAUGAUGAUGAUGUUGACUGA